AGCGCUCUGCUUCUUGUUUGUGAAAAAUAUAUUAAUCUUUCUUCUGUUCAAAUUAAAUCAGAACUCAACAGCUUUUGUCUUCUGUUUUGCCUAGUUAAAAUCAUCAUUCUCUUGGAUUUGCCAAAAACACGAUGCACUCUUCUAUAUCUUCAUUAUAUGUUUUGGGAUCUUUUUAGGAUGUCCGAUAAGGUGAAAAUUGAAAUGGAUUUGGUAAUUUCAGUUAAAUAGGAGGUUUAGAAUUCUUCUAUCCACCAAGAACAGGACUCUUGGUUCUGUCAUCUGUGACAUAGAAGUUUAAGAGUGCUUCAAUUUUUCAAAAGCUCUAUGACCAUUGGUGGAGAUCUGAUAUCCUCUAUCAAAUGCAUAUUAGUCGACAAAUAACUAAAAUUUGUUUACUACCUCUCUAAAAGGUCUUGAGGUUUAAGUUUCUGUUAUCUAGAUGCUUGUGGGUUUUGGGGUUCCUGAAACGUAAAAUUUAAGUGGUCCAGUGUAUUUUUUUGGAGAUACCCUUUUCUGUUAUCCAGAUGUUACAUAUAUUUCCGCCCUUAAUUUUUAUUUUCUGGCUUUGCCUAGUUGUUACAGCUUUGAUCUGUGAUUUGUAUCCAUUCUGCAGCAACCAUUAUGCUUAGAUGAUCUUUACUUUGGAAGAAACAAAUUUCUCUGCCUACUUUCUCCUUCAAAUACCUCCAUGGACAGAAGCAGAAAAAGGAGUUAUUAUCACAAAUCAUUCACUAUCGGUCACUUUUAACGGAUCAUUUGAUCACAUGAAUAUUGAUGCUACCAGUGUACAAAACUUGGAACUCAUUGAGCCAUUGCAUUCUAAUCUUUGGGGAACAAGCAACAAGAAAAAAAGUCUUUUUCAUAUGCUAAAGACAACAAGAACCACUGGAGGUACUAGACUACUCCGUGCUAAUCUUCUGCAGCCUCUGAAAGACAUUGAAACUAUAAAUGCUCGACUAGAUUGUCUGGAUGAACUGAUGAGCAAUGAGCAGCUUUUCUUUGGACUAUCUCAGGUUCUCCGUAAAUUUCCGAAAGAAACUGGUAAAAAGAAACAAGAGCAGGAAGAUAGGAGGAUGUGCUAUUUUUCUGUUUGCUCGUUAGCUUAUUCACAAACUCAAAUUUCAAAUAAUAAAAUAGAUCACUCCUUUGAUGUCUAUGUUUCAGACAGAGUACUCUGUCACUUUUGCUUCAAGCCAAAAGUAACAAAUAAGGUCUUGGCUGGUGGUGGUGCUCGAAAGAGCCAGAUAAUAAUAUCAAGCAUUAUACUUCUCAAAACAGCUUUAGAUGCGUUGCCUUUACUCUCCACGGGGUUGAAAGAUGCAAAAAGCUUCCUGCUUGGAAAAAUAUACAAGUCUAUAUGUGAAAAUGAUAAAUAUGCACUCAUUAGACAAAGAAUUGGAGAAGUGAUAGAUGAGGAUGUGGUUCAUGCAAGGGUUCCUUUUAUUGCCAGAACACAACAAUGUUUUGCCAUAAAGGCUGGAAUAGAUGGACUGCUUGAUGUUGCAAGAAGAACGUUUUGUGAUACCAGUGAAGCUAUACAUAAGCUCACAAACAAGUAUCGUGAAGAUUUUAAACUGCCAAACCUAAAGCUCCCUUUCAACAACAGACAAGGGUUUUACUUGAGCAUCCCUCAGAAAGAGGUUCAAGGAAAGCUCCCCAGUAAAUUCAUACAGGUUGUGAAACAUGGAAAUAAUUUACACUGCUCAACUCUGGAACUUGCAUCACUGAAUGUCAGGAACAAGUCUGCAGCUGCAGAGUGUUGUUCGAGAACAGAACUAUGUUUGGAAGCCCUCAAUGAUUCCAUCAGGGAAGAUGUAUCUGCACUCACGUUGCUCGCGGAGGUCUUGUGCCUUCUGGAUAUGAUUGUCAAUUCAUUUGCUCACAUGAUAUCAACCAAACCUGUGGAUCGAUAUAUAAGACCAGAAUUUACAGAUAGUGGCCCAUUGGCUAUUGAUGCUGGACGACACCCUAUCCUUGAGAGCAUACACGAUGACUAUAUUCCUAACAGUAUCUUUCUUUCAGAAGCAUCAAACAUGGUGGUUGUUAUGGGGCCUAACAUGAGUGGAAAGAGCACUUACCUACAACAAGUGUGUCUUAUUGUCAUCCUUGCUCAGAUAGGAUGCUAUGUACCAGCACGAUUCUCUACUGUAAGAGUGGUUGACCGCAUAUUUACACGAAUGGGGGCUGUAGACAAUCUCGAAUCUAAUUCAAGCACGUUCAUGACAGAGAUGAAAGAGACAGCUUUCAUAAUGCAGAACGUUUUUCAAAGAAGUUUGAUAGUCAUGGAUGAACUGGGGAGGGCCACUUCGUCAUCUGACGGAUUUGCAAUUGCAUGGAGCUGCUGUGAGCAUCUUUUAUCUCUCAAAGCGUAUACUAUUUUUGCCACUCAUAUGGAAAACUUGUCAGACUUAGCAACUCUCUACCCGAAUGUGAAGAUCCUACACUUUCAUGUUGACAUAAAAAACAACCGCUUGGAUUUCAAGUUCCAACUGAAGGAUGGGCCACGGUAUAUUCCCCAUUAUGGCCUUCUACUGGCAGGUGUAGCAGGACUUCCUAAUUCUGUAAUCGAGAUAGCCUCAAACAUCACGUCAAGAAUCAUAAAACAGGAAGCUAAGAAAAUGGAGGUGAAUGAACUACAAUACUAUCCCAUUCAGAUGGUUUACCGUGUGGCUCAAAGGCUGUUAUGCUUGAAAUACUCCAAUCAUGAUGAAGAUUCAGUCAGAGAAGCACUUCAAACUCUGAAAGAGAGUUACCUUAGUGGCAUCUUAUAGAGAUUGAGAACUGGCGUACUUUUUCAACUAUCAUGAAUUGUACUUCUAUUUAGAUAACUUUCUGUCAAAUGUUGAUACCACCAGCACAGAAUAAUAUUGAUUCACCAACAAUCCAAUGUUGUGUCCCUCUGAAACAGUCCUUUGUUCUAUUCAGAUAACUUUCUGUCAAAUGUUGAUACCAUAAGCAGUCAGCAUAGCAUAAUGUUGAUUUACAACAAUCCUAUGUAGUGUCCCUACAAAUCAAUCCAAGAUGCAUGUUCUCUGUCUAGCCUAUUAGCCACAUCAUUGCAUCGCAACUACAUUGUAAAAGAUUCUGAACAACUUCAAAAACGUCCAUAAUUGGCAUUGAUCAUAAAUGUGAUGGCGCAGGUUUGAGAGUUGCUGCAAGUUUGUUCAAAUAUAUUGGAAGGUAUAGAACACAACAGAUUAUCUGCUUCUCACCGCAUUAAACCAAAGACAUUGCAAAAAGACUAUAUACUACAAAAAAAUCUCAAAAACAAAAGCCGAGACUUUCACACAGGAUAAUAAGAAAGCCUCCAACCUUGAUUUCAACUAUAGAUUCAAAUCCCACAGAUAACAAACAAAAAAGGAACAAUAAGCAACCAAAAACAUGGAGAGACCACAGCACAGUUCACGCUCCUGUUCUACUAAGUCUUUAACCAACUUGAUAGCCUCAAA